UCAAAAUUCAUAGUCACAUUUAUGAAAAAUGACACAACAAUGUAAAUAAACAAAACUGUUCAAAUAUGAAUCUUUUAAUUGUGUGCUAGCUUAAUUGAAAUAUAUGUUUGAAGUUACACAAUAAAUUAUAUAUGAAAGGACUUUGACAUUUCAAUAGCUGAAAGUAAACGUUUCAAAUUUCAACUUUCUGUCGAGGUUAUGUUUGUUUUUGCUAAACAUCAAAAUCUUUGCGUAGGAGCUGAAGUAAGCUUUAAGCUGCUGUGCGCAGGUACCAGAUCAUUUCGGAAAUGUUUCGCGGGUAAAAUGGCGUUAUGGAACAAAGUGUUUACAGGAUUUGAUAAAGAAGAAGAAACUAUAAAUUUCGGAAAAAGAACAGUAACAGAAAAUAAUGGCUUUUUAUAUGAAACUUCUACAGUUGCCACAAUACAAUGCAGUGGCGAGGUUUCAAAGGAGCCAAGCAUUCUUGCAUCUGUACAAUAUUCAAGGGUGUGCAUAAUAAUUGAUGAAUCAAUUACUAUAUUUAAAGAUGAGACCUGCACAGAAAUAUUACUAAACAUUAGUUUUGAGUCAGCAAUAACAUGUUAUUGUAUUUCUAACAAUGGUUUAUUUUUAUUUAUUGUAUUAUCAAAUGGAGCCUUAUAUUGUCUUGAUUUAAAUAAAGGACAAAUUAUUUUCACAAAGUAA